AUGGUUCGAGAGGAGGUAGCAGGAUCCACUCAAACACUACAGUGGAAGUGUGUUGAAUCAAGAGUAGAUAGUAAGCGUCUUUAUUAUGGUCGUUUCAUUCUGUCCCCGCUUAGAAAAGGUCAAGCGGACACCGUUGGUAUUGCCUUGCGAAGAGCUUUACUUGGCGAAAUAGAAGGAACAUGUAUCACACGUGCAAAAUUUGGGAGCGUGCCACACGAAUAUUCUACAAUAGCAGGUAUUGAAGAAUCCGUACAAGAAAUUUUACUAAAUUUGAAAGAAAUUGUAUUGAGAAGUAAUCUCUAUGGAGUUAGAGACGCAUCAAUUUGCGUCAAAGGUCCUAGAUACAUAACUGCUCAAGAUAUCAUCUUACCGCCUUCCGUAGAAACCGUUGAUACGGCACAACCUAUAGCUAACUUGACAGAGCCCAUUGAUUUCUGUAUUGAUUUACAGAUCAAGAGAGAUCGUGGAUAUCAGACAGAACUCAGAAAGAACUAUCAAGAUGGAAGUUAUCCUAUAGAUGCUGUAUCCAUGCCUGUUCGAAAUGUGAAUUAUAGUAUUUUUUCUUGUGGGAAUGGAAAUGAAAAACACGAGAUACUUUUUCUAGAAAUAUGGACUAAUGGAAGUUUAACCCCUAAGGAAGCGCUUUAUGAGGCUUCUCGUAAUUUGAUUGAUUUAUUUCUUCCUUUUCUACACGCCGAGGAAGAGGGCACUAGUUUCGAAGAAAAUAAAAACAGGUUUACUCCACCCCUUUUUACUUUUCAAAAAAGAUUAACUAAUCUAAAGAAAAACAAAAAAGGAAUUCCAUUGAAUUGUAUUUUUAUUGAUCAAUUAGAAUUAACUUCUAGAACAUAUAAUUGUCUAAAAAGGGCCAAUAUACAUACACUAUUGGACCUUUUGAGUAAGACUGAAGAAGAUCUUAUGAGAAUUGACAGUUUUCGUAUGGAAGAUAGAAAACAUAUAUGGGACACUCUAGAGAAGCAUCUCCCAAUUGAUUUACUUAAGAAUAAACUCUCGUUUUAA